AUUUUCCAGUACUUGUUUCUUAUAUUAAAGUUCUUUUCUUCUUAUAUCAUACAGUUCUGUUGCAAUUUGAUGAUAAAGAUGAAAUAAUGAACUGUCCUUAAAUCUCUGCAGCCACAUGAACUCCGCCAAGUAGUCUGGUAUAAGCUCCUGAUUUGUUGAAACUUGAAUUUAUUUUAGCCCGCUGCCGCAUCGCUUCUACAUGAUUUGUAGUGGUACUGGUGACUGGGUCAACAAGAUUGUAGGUGUUGUUCACAAUCAGAUGUUGAUAGCCUAUGUUUCCUAUUUGGUGGUAUGCUUGCCACAUGUCCGAAUAGACAAUUGAGCCAGGCACUACCCACGUUUGAAUAAUUGGUAAUAGGGUCACAGCAUCCCUUCAAGGAACCAGGAACCCCUUUUUGUUGACCUCGUCAUAGCCUCCAAAGAACAAAUUUUGUGGAAGAAUUCUGCCGCGAUUGUACUUUCUUUUGGAGAACAGCCUCUUGUUGAUCUUGACGACUCGGCCAGGUUCUCCAAUUUGCUGAGGGUUGUUAAGAAAGUGCUCCACACAGACAUUGCGUCAGAAUUGUUCCCAGUCCACCACUGUUUGCUCACUUUUGAUAUCCAGUUCUUUUAAGUUCAGCUUUUGGGACAGGCCUGUCCUUCCGUCCACAGUCUAGGAUCCAAAAAUAUGUUAGAGCUAUUGUUUGCAAUAACUUGAGCCUCGAUAAAAACUACCCUUCCUCAAGUUUUAUCUUCUCCGACAUUGUGGGCACUGCCAUGUCAUUCCAUCUAGGGAUCUAUUGAGGGCCCCCUUGAUACAUUCUAUGUGGUAGUUCUCAUACAACAUCCUUCGCCCAAGAAGCCCACUCUGCCUCCAUCAAGCAAUGGUGUCAGGAUGUUCUCUGUGAACUGUCAGCAUAUCCCAAAUAAUGUGAUUGAGUCGAACUCAUUGAAAUUGGACACAAAUCUUGCCAUUUUCUUACUGGUAUUUCCGCCGACAGUUCUCCAAAGUGACCUGCUAUUAGUUGCGAAUGCACUUAUAACUUGUGUGCAAUUGUUGCUAAUUUUAGCACCAGACAAGCCAACACACCCCAGUGAUUAACACAUAGGUGCUAGUGGUUUGAAACACUAUCCAUUUAAUUGCUCUGGAAUCGGGGAAUCAGGUAAUUAGCGAAUAUUGAAACCAGUAAGCCAAUUUACCAGUGUUAUACCUUGCAUGAAACGUCUUUGCAUAAAUACUUUAUCUCUAAGACCAAAACACGCAACAGUGCAAUACAUUUGGUUAGAUUUCAAGAUAUACCAAAACUCCAGCCAAAUAAGGAAAAUUAGAAUGCAUCCAUGGCUACUGCCCUUCCAACAGCGAGGCACCUUAAAUCAUAUAUAACUCAUCAGUCGAGAAUGGUGUUUCCCUGAUCUUAGGAAAUUGGGGAAAGUCACCCCAAAUUAUAAAUCUGGACCAAAAACUGAUCUAGCAGCACCGAGAAGGACAAGUCUCACUACAAACACUACAAAGUUUCAAAGAGCCUAGUCUGGAUAAGGUUAAAAUAUCAAGUUGUUUACUGUUGAAAUACGAAAAUGUGCAAAAAAGGUGAUUUCAUGGAUAAAGUCACAUUCAAGUCACAUUCAAUUAACUUUAAACAAUCUUUUGGUGUUACAAAACUUGUAAAUGGCUUUGAAAAAAGCAAACAUUUAGUGAACUAAAGCUUUUCGUCUGACACUCUUCAGAGUUUAAAACGUCAGAACAUAGAUCGAAAACUCUACGCUAAGAAAUAUAUAUACCCAGUUUUGGAUCGAAAUAGGCUAAUCAGAAACACGAGCACAUGACUGUAAAGGUUGACCAAUCAGUGCCGCUUGCCUAUUAGAAUGUUAACAGUGGAGUCCUAAGGUGAAAACGAACUCCUUUUGUCUACACAGUAGCGAUUUUUUCGUGCUUAUGUAGAUAGAUUCUAAAACUGCUAGGUGGAACGACAAUCGGGCUUUACCAAUAAUCCGAAACAUGUUGCCAUUAUAGUUUUUUGCACAAUCUGGGUUUUCUAGCAAAUGCUGCCCGAUAGCAGAAUCGCAGGUUUUAGUAGUAAUUUUGGAUUUGCAAGACCGAGGUGGCUGUUCUCUUUGGGGAUGUGUUUUUUUUCUAAUAUUAGAUGGAACGUGUUGUUUUAUCAUAUCCUCCAAUCUUUGGGUGGUGCGUCCUACGUAGCCAGAAUCACACUGGCACGUAAAUUCAUAAACAACAGAACUUUUUUUGUGGCAGGAACGCAGUCGGCCUUUUUUGUACUGUAAAAAACACGUGGGUUAACCGCGAAGAAACCGCUGAGGUACACAAAUGAGGUGCAGAGGUACACAAAUGAAGAGAUUGAGGAUCUCAACGCAUUGGUUAAGCUUAGAGGUAAGCCGAAUCGGCCAGGUUCUCUUUAUCCUUUCUCAGUUUAUGUUUCACUAAUCGGGUUGCACCUAAAUUCAUCACCGCUUGUAUUUCUAAUUCUGGUGUUAGACACAGCCCAACCAUUGAGCGCGCUUUUCUACAAGAUGAAAUUCAGAAAACUAGAACUAAUAUUCUGAAUCUAAAACGUUUAUACACACGCCAAUGGUCUAAAACGCGUCUGUUUCUCACAUUCUUUGAUAAUUUUCGACUUUGCCGCUACUUUCCUGAAAUUGACCAGCGGAAGCUAAAACAGACUACAGAAAAACAUGAUAGGAACAUUGGCAUGCUAGUUAGGAAAAGUUUUGGCGGCUUGAUGAGUGAUUCAAAAAAACAUAUUUUUAAUUUGUCGGACUUUUCUCUCUCUGAAACCGAAACAUUUGUCUUAGGUAAUGGUCUUGAAUUUUGUAUCCCACCACAACAAAUAAACAGAGAGGAACUUUUUGCUGAAUUCGAAAUUUUACACGCUAUUUGCCAGACACGAUAUUUCUGAUGCUUUGGAAUUUAACAAAUUACGAGCAGGACUAAGCGAUUUGGGGUACGCUUACAGUGGCUCUCCCAUUGACCACUCAGAUUUUCUUUUGCAUAGAGAACAUAUUCAAGCAUUAAAAUCUCUACGGUCUAAUAAUGUCAUCUUUAUUACUAAGCCUGAUAAAGGGUCAGGAGUGGUUAUUUUGAACAAAAAGGACUAGAUCCAAAAAAUGGAGAAUAUUCUCCUCGACAAAGAAAAGUUCGAAAAAUUGGGUGACGUCGAAACACAGGAUAAUACGGGCAAGCUUUAGCGGAAACUUCGAAAACGCCUUUUGGAGCUGGUUAACUCAAAAGUGUUGACCAACAAAGUUUAUGAUAGGAUAAGACCCACAGGUUCACAACGUCCACAAAUGUAUGGCCUCCCUAAAAUACACAAGCCGAAUGUCCCACUUAGACCCAUUUUGUCUAUGAUUGGCUCAGCACAACACGAACUGGCUAAGUGGCUUUCUGAAGUUUUGGACCCUGUUCUUCAAAAAUAUUCAAAACAUUGUACCAAGGACUCUUUUACGUUCGCUGAGUUCAUGCAAAACUUGAACAUCGAAAACGAAACAUCUUUCAUGUGUUCUUUCGACAUUAGCAGUUUUUUCACUAAUGUCCCUUUGAAUGAGACCAUCAAAAUAUGUGCCAACGCUUUGUACCGGAGCGAGCUUAAUAGCCCACCAUUCCCAGAGGAAGUAUUCAUUGAACUGACGGAAACUGCAACACGUUCAGUUGAAUUCAGCUUUAACAAUGAAAUGCACCAACAAAAGGAUGGUGUCGCUAUGGGUAGCCUACUGGAACCGGCCUUGGCCAAUAUCUUUGUUGGCUUUCAUGAAGAGCGUUUGUUUGACUGCGACCAAAAGCCAGGUGUCUAUUUUCGGUAUGUGGACGACACAUAUACUAUUUUCAAAACAGAGGCUGAGUGUGAUAUUUUCCUAAAACGCCUUAAUGGUCUUCACACAGCCCUACAUUUUACAUUUGAAAAGGAAGAAAAUAACUCCUUGCCAUUUCUGGAUGUUCUGGUUGAAAAAUCUGACACUGGUUUUCUCACCAGUGUACACCGUAAACCCACAUUUUCGGGGUUAUACACUCGAUGGAGUUUGUUUUGCCCAAAACAAAGAAAAAUCAGCCUCAUCGAAACGCUUACACAUAGGGCACUGAUGAUUUGUUCCAAGUCUAAACUCGACUCAGAACUUGAAAAGCUAACUAAAAUUUUUCUGGAGAACGGCUAUCCAGAAGAUGUUAUUUCAGUUUACAUUAAGGAGAAGAUAGAAAAUUUUUCGGCUGACGUAAAAUUUGGUCCUCAAAAGUGCCUGGUCUAUCUAAAACUACCCUGGAUCGGUAACUGCUCCCUACGUUUUCAAAGCCAAAUAAAACAGGCCAUAACAAAUUGUUUCUUCGCGGUUAACCCAUGUGUUGUUUACAGUACAAAAAGGCCCUUCCGUUCAUUCAAAAGGACUGCGUUCCUGCCACAAAAAAAAAAUUCUGUUGUUUAUGAAUUUACAUGCCAGUGUGAUUCUGGCUACGUAGGACGCACCACCCAAAGAUUGGAGGAUAGCAUAAAACAACACAUUCCAUCUUAUAUUAGAAACAAAACACAUCCCCAAAGAGAACAGCCACCUCGGUCUUGCAAAUCCAAAAUUACUACCAAAACCUGCGAUUCUGCUAUCAGGCAGCAUUUGCUAGAAAACCCAGAUUGUUCAAAAAACUAUAAUGGCGACAUGUUUCGGAUUAUUGGUAAAGCCCAGUCGUCGUUCCACCUAGCAGUUUUAGAAUCUAUCUACAUAAGCACGAAAAAACCGCUACUGUGUAUACAAAAGGAGUUUGUUUUCACCUUAGGACUCCACUGGUAACAUUCUAAUAGGCAAGCGGCACUGAUUGGUCAACCUUUACAGUCAUGUGCUCGUGUUUCUGAUUGGCCUAUUUUGAUCCACAACUGGUAAAUAUAUUUCUUAGCGUAGAGUUGUUGAUCUGACGUUUGACGUUUUAAACUCUGAAGAGUGUCAGACGAAAAGCUUUAGUUUACUAAAUGUUUGCUUUUUUCAAAGCCAUUUUCAAUUAACUUUGUUCAAGAGAAUGCAGAGGCCACAAAAGUAAGUGUAUGAUGCUUCAUCAAAGGACCUGACUUACUUGACUUAAUUCGAGUUUCCUCGAACAUCUUUAACCAGUUUCUUCCAUUCUUCUCUGUUUUCCAUCACGCAUUUGAUGUUGGUGCAAUCCAGUCCAGUAUCAUUUAACAGUUGGUCCAUAUAGGUGAUACAGGGUCUUCCUGGUUUCUGCUGGCUCUGUGUUGGUUGCCAGAGAAGCAGUUUGUCUUUUCUUCUCCAACAAUGUCCGACAAAACGUAAUCGCCUCUCUUGUAACACAAUUGACACUUUUGAGAGAUUUUCAUAUAAUCUUUGAUUUCAUAUAAUUUAUGCAUCUAAACAAUGUCUGACGUUUUAAACUCUGAAGAGUGUCAGACGAAAACCUUUAGUUUACUAAAUGGUUGCUUUUUUCAAAGCCAUUUUCAAUUAACUUUGUUCAAGAGAAUGCAGAGGCCACAAAAGUAAGUGUAUGAUGCUUCAUCAAAGGACCUGACUUACUUGAGUUAAUUCGAGUUUCCUCGAACAUCUUUAACCAGUUUCUUCCAUUCUUCUCUGUUUUCCAUCACGCGUUUGAUGUUGUUGCAAUCCAGUCCAGUAUCAUUUAACAGUUGGUCCAUAUAGGUGAUACAGGGUCUUCCUGGUUUCUGCUGGCUCUGUGUUGGUUGCCAGAGAAGCAGUUUGGAGAUCAGUUUGUCUUUUCUUCUCCAACAAUGUCCGACAAAACGUAAUCGCCUCUCUUGUAACACAAUUGACACUUUUGAGAGAUUUUCAUAUAAUUGCUAGUUAGUCUUGUGGUCUUUCCAUGACACCCCAAGAACAGAUCUCAGCAUUUUCGUGUAAGUACCAUCAAGACGAUCUCUCAUUUUUUUGUCAUCUUCCAGGUUUCAGUGCCAUAAAACAACACUUUCAACAGUUGACUGGAAGAACUUUAUCUUGAGAUCAUCAUUUAAAUUUGAAACCCAUAUAGAUCGGAAAGAAGAAAAACAGGUAACUCACUUAAUAAUUGUUUACAUGUAGGCCCACCAUUCACACCUUUGUUAUUUGAUAUAUUGUUAAGGUUUAGGGAGUUUGAAGUACCUAAGGUAGCAGAUAUUGAACAUUUGUUGUACAUUAGGUUGUUUACUGCAGCAUUAAUGGUGGGCCUGCACGUCUGCUGUUCGGUUGCUGAAGAGCAAGCUAGUCGGUUGCUGAAGAGCAAGCUAGUCGGUUGCUGAAGAGCAAGCUAGUCGGUUGCUGAAGAAGGGCCAGGGUGAGGUUAUUCUGACACCUCCAUUUAUGCCAUAAACAGAAGCUGUUCAUUCUUACUGGUGUCACCCAGAUCAGAGAGCAUCACCUCUUCUGUUUCGAAUUCCUUUUUCAAGAAUUUUAAGGAUUUUUCUACGGUGGCAAUUUUAGCCUCCGCAGACAUAAGGUGGCCUUUCAUUUUCACAAUUUCUUUUUGUUGUCUUUCCAUAUUUUAACCUUUUCUUUCAGGUCCUGGUUUAAACAUUUAAUCAUCAGUCUUAGUCUGUUUAUCUGCAUGGCAGUGUUUGAAAAAAUGUGGGUUGUGUUGGUUUCCAUCGUGCAAUAAUAAGAACCCAAGGAGGAACUUAAUCAUCUAGAGCUACGACAGGAAAGAAUUUCAAAUUUUGAUGUGACCAAAUCAAUGUAUUGUAAAGGGAAGAAUGAGAUUCAUUCAUAUAUGGAAAUAUGUAAUGUGAUUAGCAUUUUAGUUUAAGGAAAGAGUUGCUUACCGGAAACAUGUUUGAGUUACAAAGUGUCUUGUUUUAGCCCAGAUAAAUGCAAGGCAAAUUAUCUGCUGGUGAAAAGAGAAAAUAGAGUGAAGAAAUGAGAUUCAUUCAAACAUGUGAAAAUGCAUUGGGAAUAGCAUUUUGGUACAAAAAAUUGCUUAUUCUAAAAAUGUUCGAAUUUAAUAUUAAAUUUGGAACGUUUUUUGGUGUAGAGAUAGAAGGUAGACUGGAAAUAAAUAUGAAUUUCGAGAUAAAGAUGAAUAUAAUUAAAAAAGUAUAUACUUAAAGAGACUUACCAAGUUCAGUUUGAAUAAACGUCUUAGAAGCUAUGUUAAAGAAAAAUUGAAAUGUUUGUUCAGUUCUAUCCCUUUAUAUUCUUAUGUAAGAGUGUACAACAUGGUUUCCUUGAUGAUGGAAAUAUUGCUCUCAAGUUUCUUUUUUGCAUUUAGAGCAGUCCAGAUUUCGCCACUUGAUCGUUUGGUGUAUGAUUAACAAACAUAAGUUCUUAUGUAAUCUAGUUGUGGCAAAACCCUUACCUUUAAUUGGAUAAUCAUUACCAUUAAGAGGAGUCAAGAUUUCGCCACUUGGUCGUUUGGUGUAUGCUCUAGGACGACCAGGCUCUGCCAAUUUUCCGAAACAUGUUGUCAUUAUAGAGUUUCGGACAAUCUGGGGUCUCUAAAAGAGGUUGACCAAUGGCAGAAUAACUUGUUUUAACAGUGUUCUAGACCUACAAGUUCGAGGAGGCUGUUCCCUUUGAGGGGCAGUUUUGUUUCUUAUCUUGGAAGGAACAUGCUAUUUUAUCCUAUCCCCCAAUCUUUUGCGUCCUACGUAGCCAGAAUCACACUGGCACGUAAAUUCAUAAAUGACAGAACUUUUUUGGUUGGUAGGAACGCAAUCCUUUUGAAUGGAUGGAAAGGCUCUCCUAGAGCUGUAAACAAUCCAAGUAUUUUAUUUUGUUAAGCUGACUUCUUGCAAUUAGAUAACUACUUCUCUUUUAUAAUCUUAAGAUCACGAAAUUUAUCCUCGACUUCUUUGGAAAUUUGGUCAAAAAACUCUCCUAUUGCAUGCAUGGUCUCGCUGCAGUGAAACUAUUUCUAAAUGCCACAUUUCUGAAUCAUUCACUGGCUUUAUCUUAACAUGAAAAGAUGCCCUAUGUAAUGCAUAUUAAGUGAUGUAAUGGAUGCCCUAUGUAAUGCAUAUUAAGUGAUGUAAUGGAUGCCCUAUGUAAUGGAUAUUCGCACAAGGGAAAUCUUUGCUUUGUCAACUUUAAACUGAAUAAAGAACCUGUGCAAUUCUCAUCAAAUGACAUGACAUUCACCUUACUUGAUGCAACAAUUGAAUUUUUAAGCAGCAAAUUCCGUUUGGAUUAUUAUUAUUAUUACCACUUGUCCCCAGAUACAAGCAAACAGAAACUUUUUGUGAUCUUUGGAUAACUGGUAAGUGGAUAACUGGUAAGUUAGUUAAAGGGCCACUCCAGCCCAAAAUUUUUAUUUCAUAACACGAUGUAAUCAGACCCCCUGAAAACGAAUCUGCAAUUAUUCUUUUCAUAUCUCUUACCGUUUUGUAGUCAUAAGCGUUUGUAAAUUGGUCAUUGAGUUGAAUUGUUUUUCCACUGUGUUAUAAGAGAUCUUCGGAUUGACGUUACAAACAUUUUCGUUGAUUUUGGUGCAAAGUUUGAGUUUGAAAUUGCUGCACUAGUUCGCCUCCACAACCAAGACAGAGAAAUGAUUAGAAAGAUAGAUGAAGUCAAAUCAAGAUGCCAUUCAAUGCUACUAGAGGCAGCUCAACAAGUUUACACACGGCUUCAAAAGAUCACUUCAACGCUCUCAGCUAUCUUCGCCCAUCCCGGAUUUUAAGCCAAUUAGAAAGAGUGCCCUUGGCCCAACUUCCAAUGCUGCAUUCGAUUAAAGAGUGUAUGUCCACGAUUGACUCCCAAUAUAGAAGUAUAUUGCAUGUUAACUGGAGUGAGGAAUCUGUUUUUGCAAAUGGAAUUCCGUCAGAUGUUGUCCAUUUUUGGGUAGGAAUACUGGAAUAUAGCAACCUACUAGGAAAUAGUGCAUUUUGGGAGCUUGCAAAUCAUGCCCUUUCGUGUCUGACAACCCCAAUUAGUAAUGCAGUUGUUAAAGAGGAUAUUAGGUUUAUUUCAACCAAGUUUAACACGCAGAUUUCAAAACUUUUUUCCUUUUUUCGAUACGAUAUCUAGUUCAUGAAAUAUUCGGUUUUAAAUUCGGAAUUUCGCAUACUUCGAUGGCAAAAUUUGAACGCGGUCAGAAAUUUGGCGCCAGAAGUCUGUGACGUCAGAUGUUGGACAGAAUAAGAGUGCUUUGUUGUGUUAGAUUGCCACCUACACGUUAAAGCUUGGUUUCCACUAUGAGUUAACAUGAGUUAAUUUGAGAUAAUUUUGUGAUCUGACAUGGUUUAAAAAUUAUCUCAUAGUGGAAACGGUCAUUAAAAAUUAUCUCAUGAAAAUUAACUCGUGUUAACUCACGUUAUCUCAUGAGCUUGGAAACAAAAUUUUUUGAUUUCAAGCUCAUGAGUUAACUUGAGAUAACAUCUUAUCAAAAGAAGCCAAUGCGUGGUAGGGGAAUGUGCUAUAAUUUGCACUGAGGUUCUUACGCAACGCACUUGCAGUGAGUAUUACUUUAGAUGUUGAAAACAGUUUUCUUUACCAAAAAAAUUAAUUGUGAAAUAAGAGAAACAUUUUCUCAUUUCUAAGAUCCUGUUGCAAGUGGUCGUAUUCACCAAACGCAUAUCUUUUUUUGGUAGACUCUCCGUACCGAAAACCUUGGCGCAGAUCGCGAACAGCACUUCUAGCAAAAAAUAUUUUCCUUCUAAGUAUUCUCAAAAGCAGAAGUAAAAUAAGUUGUUCUUGUAAGACGCCCGCCAUAGCUGCAAGACUCAAAUAAAAUGUGAUUUCUGAAAUUUCAAUACUUAAUUCUAUCUCAAGUGGAAACCGAAUCGGUAACAUGGGUUAAUUUUGAGAUAGCUCGCGUUAUCUCACGCUAUUUCACAGUAUCUCAAGUUAACUUGAAUUUAGACCAUGAGUUAAUUUUCAAUUUAGCUCAGAAUUAUCUCACGUUAACCCAUAGUGGAAACCAAACUUAAGUGCGAAAUGAAAUCCGCUUGCAAUAAUUUCCUGUUGUUUACUUCUGUGACAAAUUAUCAGCUUUUUUGAAUAACUGUUGAAUACGUAUUCAGGAAAUUUCGUAAAGGUAAUUUUUGGAGGAUUUACGUUUGCCAAUAGCUUGCACAAUAAUGUUGUCACGUCCCUCAACUUCUAUACUAAUCUUUGUAUGCAUUAUUAUGUGUGUUAAUUAUUGAGAUUUCCGACUUUUUAAUAAUUGAAAAAACCUUUCGAGUUCACAAAAGUAUAAAAUAGGGGUGUCAGAUGCUUUCAGGCAGUUUUCAGUUCAGAACAUCAGCUCAAAACAACGAGAUUAGAAACAAGAUUUCGAAUUCAAAUCAAUAAGUAUGCAAGAACAAGAAUCUACAAGGCCGACAAACAAAAAAGUGAGACGUGGGGGGGCAAUAUUGCGUUGCCGGAUUAUCAAAUGGGGAGAGGUGUACAAACAGUAUUUUGACGUCAGGUAUUAGUAUGCACCGUUUUCCAAGUAAAAACCUCGAUUUGCGGAGGCAAUGGAUUCGUUUCGUCAGAAGACAUCAUGCCAAUUUCAAUCACCAAGCCUACUCGAUCGGCCCUUACCUGUGCUCAGAUCAUUUUGAGCGCUCUUGCUAUGAAAAACCGUUUGCUUUAGAGCUUCCUGGUUUUGACAGUUCCAAAACGAAGAGGACUUUAAAAAAGGAUGGUAUUCCAACUGUAUUCAACACACGAGGACAAAGCCAGGCAUUUAGUGAAUCGUCUUCAAAGGUGGCAAGAAACAGAAGAACUUUGUUAAGAGGAAUCAAACAGCACGAACACGCUAACAGAAAUGAAUGUGCUUCAGGACAGUUCAAUGAAGAGAUAGAAGAGGUUGAGGUAGGCGAAAAUGCGUUCACAAUUGGAGACUCUUUCACCAUCGGGGAACAGCACAACGAUUCUGAAGAACAUGUAGACGUUGUUCCAUUGCAGUGCCAAGUUCAUCUGACAGGUGCCCCCGUACACACAUGCCCCACAUGCAUAACCCCUCAACCAGAAGAGGUUCAAGGAAAUAUUAGGACACAUACGGCAAUACAGGUGGCAAUGAUGUGCAAGAAAUGACAGCGAAUGGAAAGUUGAUGAAGCAGACAGUUCUCCUAGUGACAUGUCAGAUAAUGAUGGGACUGAUUUUGAUGAUUAUGAUUAUGAUGAUACACAUAAAAAGAGGCAACAAGUGAGGUAAUGCUACAUAUUCUGCUGAGCCAAUUUUUCAUUAGCCAAGCAACAAAUAACAAAAAGUCCUUUUUUCCCUUCCAUAUGUUGUAUAAUAUUUUGACAAAAUUAUCAUUUUUAUGAGAUGUAGGGAAUGUCAGGGAAAUGCAUUAAUAUAUAUCUUUUUUGUAUCUUUAUCGCAGAAUUGACCAAAAUGCAACUCCAGAAAAAGAACCCAAGUUUAUUGUAUUUUAUACAAUGCUACUACAAGUCUUUUCAAUCCUCUGUUUCAAGUGUAAAAAAAAUAAGCCAGGAGUCAGAAUGGAGCAGAAUGGGACAAUGGUAACUGUUUAUCAGAGUUGCAUCGAAUGUGGGAAAGACUGUUGGAAAUGGAGGUCACAACCAUACGUUCUUGGUCGUUAUCCAGCUGGUAACAUCUUGCUUAGUCUCAGCACUCUUACAGCAGGAGCAUCAAUCAACAAACUGCUAUUAAUUUUCAGACACUUCGGCCUUGCCACUUACAGUGCACAUAAUUUUUUCCGUCAUCAAAAAAAGUUUGUUUUCCCUGCAAUUCUCCGUCACUGGGAGCUAUAUAGAGCAUCAUUGCUGACUGAGCUUCAUGGUGUUAAAAACAUUGUCCUAUGUGGCGAUGGUCGACUCGAUGGGGCAUUCAGCAAAAUAUGGCACUUACACGAUGUAUUGUGACAAUAUAAAAAAAAUCAUACACUUUGAAUUGGUUCAGGUAAUGGAAAAAUCAUAAACAAUUUUUUCUAUCAAUCUAAUUUAUUUGUAAGUGACUUAUUACAGAAAGCCCAAACUUAACAAUUUCCUUUCUUUAUUUCGAAAGAUUCGGUACAUGCCACAUGAAAAGAUAGAAACUUAAUUUUUAAAGUAAGUUAAUUAAUAAGAUUGUUUUCAAAUGGAAUCAAAUAUCUAGCAUUAAAAAAUCAUUAACAAGGUCAAAUAUCAAGUCUUGGACCUUAUAAAACUGGAUUGGACUUCAAAUGUGUCUAUUUGUAGACAAAAUUAAAUACUGUUGUUAUAAGUCAUCAAGCAUAAACUUGUAUCUUCAUAUCUGUGUGUUUAAUAACCUGACAUCAAUUUCAACUUUGAAUUAAACUGAUGUACAUUUUCACCCUCUUUAUUUUAUUUCCUGUAUAGUCAAAUGAAUGCAAAGGUAGUUCCAAUAUGGAGUUGCUUGGUGCUAAGCGAUGUUUUGGAUACCUAAAUGAUGCCGGGAUAGAGGUCUCCAAUUUUAUAUCAGACAGACACUGAGUGGCCAAAUGGAUAAGGGAGUCUUUACCACAUGUCUAUCAUUAUUAUGAUAUUUGGCAUGUUGCACGUACCUUAACCAAGAAUGUAACAAUAGCUAGCAAGGAGAGAAAUUGUGAGAUAUUGGGUACCUGGUGUUCAGCAAUCCGCAACCACCUCUACUGGUGUGCAACAUCGACAAAGGAAGGUUUUGGGAAACUCAUUGUGGCAGGCUUUCUCAAAUCACAUCCAGAACAAGCACAACAACCACGAAGACAAACUGUUUCAGAGGUGUGCACAUGGAGAACUAGAUCAUAAACGUAGAUGGAUUCUCAAUGGUUUGUAUCAUUUUGUCAAAUCACUGCAUUUUAUACAAAAUGUAGCCCCUUUCAUAAUUUAAUGGUUUUUUUAAAGAGACGCAAACACCGUUCAUUAAAGAUUCUAAAUGGUCUUGCAUCAAUUUUGAAACCUAAGAAAAUAAACAAUUGUGCUGAUUGUUAAACUUCCCAUAUACUUCUCCUUAACAGCUAACAUAAAAUAAUAGUAUUAAAUAUAUGUAAUUCAACAGGAACUACUGCAUAUGACAAGAUUCAGCCAAUUCUAAUGAAUCAAAGCCUUCUACAAGACAUUGCGAAAUUGUCAUCAAAUGCACAAACCAGCUGUCUUGAGGGUUACCACUCUACACUGAACCAAUGGCACCCAAAAAUGACACAUUACUCCUGGAUUGGCUCUCUGUGCAGGUACUUAUGACUAGAGAUACCAAUCAGUAAUUAAAAAUUACUGAGCAUUGUGCAUUGUAUUGUUUUUCACUAUACUAUCUUUACUACCUGCCAAGCUAUCUUUGGAGAAAAUUAAUUGCUGAGAAAAUUUGUCAACACUGAGUAAAUAACUGAAAUUUAAAUUUUGGAUAUUGUUGCUUCCUGUAAAUUGUACUUCUAGAGAGUUUAAAGUGCAACUAUGGCCGGAAACAAUUUUUUCAAGUUUAAUUAAUUUUGAAGUGCUUUUUUCGAAAAUUAAAUUAUUUUUUUUAUCAAUUUUUUGCACCACUUUUGUGGAAAAUGACUGGAAAUUUCGAAAUUUCGCGGUUUUUCUUGCACCAAACUGCGCUCAUUAGCGAUCUGGUGACUAAAGUGGCGUGACGUAGAAACCAGAACGCAUAGUUACCAAAACACCCAGAACCACACACAUUUGUUUAUCCUCGAAGUAAGAAAUUGUUGCUCUUUCAAAAUGCCCGAACGAUGUGUUGUGGCGGGAUGUUCCAAUGUCAAAGACUUGGAUAAAGGAAUUUUGUUGCAUCGUAUUCCAUUUUUUAACGAUGAGCGACCAGAAGCAAAGAAAAGGCGACAAAAAUGGAUAGGUUUUGUACAGAAAAGGGGUGCCAAGUGGGCAGCAACAAAGUCGUCGCUGAUCUGCUCAGCUCACUUCCUUCCCGACGAUUUUGUUAAUCGUUUUGCUGUUUUGCCUGGAACGAGCCUGAACAUCAAAAGACGUUUGGUAGAAGAUGAUUUUGGAAUCGUUUCCGUGCCAUCAGUUUACCCAGAAGAGACAGCAGCAAACAUGGCUUCGAAGCGUGUCCGAAGAAUGGUGCAUAUGUAGUGUUUUCUUAGGCCCAUUUUCCUCUAUUAUGUUCAGCAAUAUAUAACCGCAAAACCCAGUAAAUGGUUAUAUUAGUAAGGAAUAUGAAAUAAAUUUCAAUUAUAAUCAAGUUUAUCUGGAACAUUUAACGUUUUUGCAAAGAAAAAUAACAAUCCUGGCCAGGAAUUGGUCAGAUAGGCCUACUGUGUAAGGAUAAUCAUGGCAUGUUCUUGGUGCAAAGAUAAAGGCAAUUUUCACUAUUUUACCUUCCAGCAGGCAAUUUUACUGACUGACAAAUUAACUUUGGGAGGCCCUCUAUACACCUCUGGCAAAAACACAUAUAUGGAGAUAAUUUUCUAGUUCUUUUGACUUUAAUUUGUAAACUUAUUUUCUAGUUGGUUAAGUCUGUUCUAAUUAGAGAAGAGGUUGAAAGAGAUGCAGAAGAUGAGGACAGUCCACAAGCAGCCAGUGAAUCUGAUCAGGAUGUGCAGCUUUCAGAUGAGUCAGCUGUUCAAAAGGUAAUGUUGGCUGGCUAUCAAGGAUGCAUAGGGAUAUAUUUAGUAUGAAUUAACAAGUUAUAAUUAUAUUUGAAAUUAUCACAUAAAAAUAUCACAUAAACUUUUCCUAAAGAAGCGGGAAUUUUUAUUUAAAUUUGCUGCACCCUUGAAUCUAUCCCAAUUUACAUUAUUUGAUCAAUUUUAACUGGAUGUGUCAAUUUUUGCUGAAAAUUCUGUUAAGUAGAGUUUGCAAGCAAGUCUCUGCAGAUAUAUUAUAAGCACAUUGUCUCCAUAGCAACGCGAUUUUGGGUGUCAAGCUGAAUCUCCUUGCAUAUCAUGUACAAAGCUGAAAUCAGUGGAGAAUAAAUUGACGCUAUGGAAGAGAAAGUGGAGGCUGCUGCAGUGGAGACUGAGGUAUCAAAAGAGCAAGCAAGCAUUAAAAGCCAAUCCGCCAAAGAUUGUUUCUGCCACUAAGGAGAUUGAGGAAGAAGAUUUGGACACUGAAGAUGACAUACAUUUCUUUGAAACUGAGGAUGAAAAUGAUGAGGAAUAUGUCAUAGAUAAUGAAACCAGGUAUGCAUUCUUCCUAUUUUGAUAAAGCAUUUGAGCUAUUUUGAUCUAUUGCUAACAAUUAUUCUCAAAAAUCAAGAACCAUAUUAUUAACACUGUACUAAAAAAUGUAUGGAACAUCAGUAUGUAGCAGUCUGCCUACAGUCAUUUAUCUAAUUAUAUUUUAUCUCUUUUUCAGCCCUUAUAUUGACAUAGAAGAUGGUAGAAAUCUACGAGAGCAAUCAAAGUUCAUUGUUUUUCUUUCAAAUCUCCUGCUUUUGUUUACUUUCUGCCCUGCAUGCAAAGCAGACGAUCCGCUCAUUGAAACAAGGCAAAAUGGGACAAUGGUGGAAGUGAAAACAAUCUGCGGAAACAGUAGGUGCAAUAAAAGAGAAAAUGUCUGGAAAGGUCAGCCCUUUUUUGAAAAAACAAAACUGCCUGCUGCCGAUCUUUUGUUGACCUUUGCAGUAGUGACAGCUGGAGCAACAUGGGCAAAAAUUGAGAGAGUGUUUCGCCAUAUGGGAAUAUUCGUAUUUCAACGUCAGUAUUGUAGGACAAGUGGCUUGGGGGGUUUAAUUUCUGAUCGUUUUCUGAAUGUGAAACCUGUUACAAUGUAUGUACUUGAAACCACUCUUUUUUCAAAAAAAUCAUAGGUGUAGAAAAGUGAAAAAAAUUGCAGGACAAGGAAAGGAACAAAACUACUGAAAAGUGUCAAAUUAGGAGAAAUUACUUAUGCAAUAUUAGCUUUCAAAUUCUUCAAAAAAUUAGUUUUCAAAUGACUGUAAUCAAUUUUCAUAGAAAAUUUUAUUGCUAAAGAGUUACAAUAAAUAAAAAAACGAAAUCCCUAUUAUUUCUUGUCACUCGGCUGGUAGAUCUUCGAAUCCUGUGUAUUCUUCAUCUGUGUUGAAUACAUUUCUUUUGGAGAAAUUCGCACAAGCUGGCAAAGGUGUUCUUUUGCUCCCAAUUACCCCAUGCACUAGUCGCGUAAAUUCACGAUAUGCCACAGCACGUAGAAAGCUAGAAAAUGAAAAAAUUCAAACUUUUGAUUUAUAUUUAAUGUGCAAAAAAGAAAAGCUUUGGAACAAUAUAUCAAUUAGGAUAGAUAUAUGUUAUCAAUGUAGACAAAUAACUAUGUUAUCCUUACGCUUUGUUUGACCGCAGCUGCAAAUAUUGCCUUUUUUGCCUGGUUUUGUACCUGGUGGAAGCAAGCCUGAGGGACCACUUUGACAGACAACAUGCUGCAAAUCCACGGUGUAAUGUGAUGCAACUAGGAGGGCUACCAACCUCUGCUUGGACCAAGUCAUCCUCCAAAGUAUUAGUGCAUUCUGGUAUUUCUUUGCAGCAGUAACACUCCAUUGGAUUUUUAAGGAGGCUAACAUCACAGAGCCCACAUUUGCAUCUAUUAUGUUUUAAUAAAGAUUUAUUAAACCCAUUGUUUCAGUGUUUAUGUCUAUGAAUUAAGAAUCUAUUAAGAAUGUAGUAACAAGCUGUAUAUGACUUAAAUUACUUGCUUAAAAUAAAUCUGAUUCGUUUGAGCAUUUGGCUCAGUUGAAUGGUGGUUGGUUUUUGAAGCAGCAACUUGGAGCUCGAUUCUGACCAAAAGAAGUAUUGGCCAGCAUGUAGAAAAAAUUUUCUCACGUCAGCUUAGUUCUCGUUAUUAACAAAUAUAUUUAUUUCUAUGAACCACUUAUAUAUAAAUUAGGCUGGUUCUCUGCAAAUUUCCGUCUUUGCAAGUUCAUUGUGACAGCAUUGAAGCUGUCCUGUCCCUCGCAUGUCCUGUCCCUCGCAUAGAAAUUGGCCUAAGUAAGGCUCCAUUAAUUUAUGUAACUAGAUAAACGGAUACUUGAAAAAAAUUAGGCUGAAUAUUGCUUACCAUUGGUCUAAAGAAAUAGCCAAUUUCAAGCGCUGUUCAAAUUCAUGGUACCUCUUCUGAUCGGAUACCUUUUUAGCUAGAUAGUUUCGCAACCAUUCUUCGUCAGCUAGUGGUUCAUCAGCAUACGGCUCAACCCAGUCGGGAUCACUGAAAUGGUUGGUUUUAGAUGUUGUUGUUGGGCCAGAGAUGUCCAUAUAUUCGACCUCUUCAUCAUAAUUUGAAAGUGAACUGUUUUCCGAACUCUUCUGUGAGGAUUCAGAAUCUGAAUUUGCCAUCCUUGGAAACACUCUGAUUGGCGUUUACACUGUAGCACCAGCGGACUAUGCGAAUGAUUGUUAGUUACGCAACUGUUGUUACGCUGUCGCUGUUGUUACACAGAGAAGAUACAAGGUGCCCACGAGGUGACAACGACAUUAUUUCACAAAUGGCUUUACUCUUAUAACUGCUAGACACUUCUUCACCGUAAGUCAGCCGCACUAUUUCAUCUACGCCUGGUCGUGUCAGCCAGUGGUCGUAUCGACAACGGUGGCCUAGGCCAAGGUAGGCAACGAAACUACGUUAAUCGUAGCAACAAAUUGUUUCCAAUAAUUUCAGAGAAUCAUCAGUUUAAUCAAAAAAAAUCCAUAGCAUACUAAUAAGAAAAUUUUUCCGAAUUCCAAUAACUCAAAAAUGACGAGUGCAGUUUCCAAUAACUCAAAAAUGAUGAGUGCAGUUGCCUUUCCAGAAACCAGCAAUGGGUGUUGUUUUGUGCUACGGAAUCAAUGAAAUUUGGUUCUGUUUUCGACGUCACGAGCCACUACCCAGGCCCCAAGAGACAAGCGCUGUUUUGUGCAAAUUUGAGCCACGUUUGGGGGCGAUUUUACCCUAUUUCUAAAGGCGUGAUGAAAUUUUAAUGGCCAUAUUCGCAAUGAGCAUGUUCUAAUUGUACAUUAAGCCUAUUUUAAGAUUUGACCAUAGUUGCACUUUAAGAAAGUGCCAACGUGUGCAACAGUAUUUGAAUGCCAUUCCUAGCAAAAACACAGCCUACUUUACAUAAAUGUAUAAUUUUUAUUUGUAUCAGUAUCAACAAAAUAAAACUAAACUUCAUUUGUGAGUCAAACAGAAAAUGUAUCCAAAUACCCAACAAAGAACUGUUAUAUUUUUUCCAAGGCAUAUAAUGGCAGUUUCACAUUUCAACGAAAACCUGCACAGGGAAGCACAAAAAGACAAAAAUGGAAAGGAAUAUCUCAAAGUUUCUUAUCCUAAAUAUAAACUUGGCGAAGAAGCAGUA